AUGUUCACGUCCAGUCCUUGGCGGCUCUGUAGGGCUCUCUGUAGCCCUUUAGGACUGCUUUUUGCUGCGCAGGUCACUCAGGCUAUUGAUUUAAAUAUCGACGAUACCCAAUCUAUCAAGGAUGCCGCUAGCAAUGCCGCUUACGGUUCGAUGGUUUGGUAUAAGGGUAACGAGACCGGCCAGAUUCCUGGUGCAUUUCCGACCAAAUGGUGGGAAGGCGGAGCCUUGUUCUAUUCGCUGAUUGAGUAUUGGUAUUUCACGGGCGACGACCAAUACAAUGAGGUUAUUCAGCAGGGAAUGGAAUGGCAGGCUGGUGAGGGUGAUUACAUGCCUGCCAACUACAGUAGUUAUCUGGGAAAUGAUGACCAAGUAUUCUGGGGUCUUGCAGCUAUGACUGCUGCCGAGCUGAAAUUUCCUGAUGUCAAGGGUAAAUAUUCCUGGCUUUCUCUCGCGCAGGGUGUCUUCAACACCCAGGCAGGCCGAUGGGAUACCGCGACGUGCGGUGGUGGAUUGCGCUGGCAGAUCUUCCCCUACCAAGCCGGUUAUGCGAUGAAAAACACCAUUUCGAACGGUGGCUUCUUUCAGUUGGCUGCUCGCCUCGCCCGUUAUACUAAUAACCAGACCUAUACCGACUGGGCGGAGAAGGUUUGGGAUUGGACUGCGUCGACGCCUUUGAUGAACAACGAGACCUGGCAAAUGGCUGAUUCCACCACGCUCGAGACUAACUGCAAGUCUCAAGGAAAUGAGCAGUGGUCGUACAACUAUGGUUCUUACAUGGCCGGUGCUGCGUACAUGUACAACUACACCUCUGAUGAAAAAUGGAUGCCGAGAACCAAGGGCCUUCUCGGAGUUAUCAUGAAGAGAUUCUUCCAAAACGAUAUCAUGACCGAAUACCUCUGCGAACCGAACGAGGCUUGCAACAACAACGAAAUUCUAUUCAAGGGACUCAUGUCUGGCUGGCUGGCAUUUACCACCACUCUGAUCCCCUCGACAUACGACACCAUCAUGCCCAAGCUCAAGACCUCAGCCAUCGGCGCUGCCAAAUCAUGCACCGGAAACGGCAACAACACCUGCGGAGUACGAUGGUCCCAAUCCAAAUGGGACGGCUGGACAGGAAUGGAAGAGCAAAUCAGCGCCACCCGCAUCUUCUCCGUCAACCUGAUGGACACCAAAAAGGGCGGCGCGGGCCCCGUAACCGACAAGACCGGAGGUGACAGUAAAAGUAACCCCGGCGCGGGCGGAGGCAGCAGUAGCGACGACGACGAUAAAGAUAAACUCAAACCCAUUACAACCGGCGACAAGGCAGGCGCUGGAAUUCUCACGGCUCUUUUCCUCGGCGUUUGGGCUAGUAUGGUUGUCUGGAUGGUUAUGGCGGGUUAA